CCUGUUUCCACCAGCUCCCUCACUGAGGGUUUCAGCAGGCCAUGACAAAAGCCAAAAUAGAAAGAUAAAGAACAAAUAUUACAAGAUCUUGGAGGCAUCUGAGGUUUCAUGGGGACUUUCCAGCAUUCCAGACUGCUGCCCUGCAAUGAAGCUCUGAGUCACUGUCUUUGGGUCUAAGGUACUGGCUACAACGUGGAACCCCAGAACAGCCAACCUGACUAACCUUCACUCUAAGCAGAAGCCCAAAAUAUGUCUGGCCUGAAAUCAGAGCAAGCACUCGAGAAAGACUUCUUUGUUAAUGGAAAGAGGAAAGGAGAAAAGGGUUUCCAACACGUUGCAACAGUCUUUCCACCCUUCUAAAGAGCCCACCUCCCUUAUAAACCAAGCUGUUCUAUCUAGUGCAUCCCAUUCUAGCUUUUUGCCAGAAAUAGAGCAUGUCAAUCCUGGUGAAAAAAUAAAGACGAACCCUCAGAAAAAUAGACCUGGAACUGUAAUACUCCUAAAACGGUCCAGUAGGAGGAUUAUGUCGGAAAGUCAGCCCAGCCCCCCUGUGAUCCCAUCCCGCAGGCCCGGGUUCCAGGUGUGCUAUAUUUGUGGCCGAGAAUUUGGGUCCCAAUCGCUUGGCAUUCACGAGCCCCAGUGCUUGGAGAAGUGGCGUACUGAAAACAGCAAGUUGCCCAAGCACCUGAGGAGGCCAGAACCUUCCAAACCACUGCCUCUCAGUGGAAGUGGAUCCUACAAUCUUCAGGCAGCAUUCCAGAGUUCCCAGGCUCAGCUGCUGCCCUGUGAAUCCUGUGGCCGCAAGUUCUUGCCAGAUCGGCUUCUUGUUCAUCAGAGAAGCUGCAAGCCGAAGGGUGAGGGGCCCAGGGCACCAAAUCCCAACAGUUCUGAUAAUCUUGCUGCUCUCAAGAAAGCUUCUGGUGGCAUCCCAACCCGACCAAGGGCUCUCAUCUGCUGCGUUUGUGGUAGGGAAUUUGGCACUCUGUCCCUUCCUAUACAUCAGCCCAAAUGCCUGGAAAAGUGGAAAAUAGAAAAUGACCGGCUCCCCAGGGAGUUCUGCCAGCCACUACCGCGGAAGCCUCAGCCCCUUCCAACUGGACAGUCCAACCAAGAGGGGCCGAGUCAAGCUCAGCUCGUACCCUGCCCAAAUUGUAGCCGUACCUUUGCCCCUGACAGCCUUCUGGUACACCAGAGAAGUUGUACAGCUCAACCUAGUGGGCCAAAAGUUCAGGAUUUGACAUUAUGGAGUAAAGGUGGCCUCAAACAGUCCACUAAUUCCAAGCAGCAAAGGAACAUGGCAGUACCCACUGUGACUGAUAAGCCAACAAUGAUAAGGCAUCCACCAACAGUUGUUUGCUACAUUUGUGGUCGUGAAUAUGGAACAAAAUCAAUUUUCAUCCAUGAGCCACAAUGUCUGAAAAAAUGGCAUAAUGAAAACAACUUGUUGCCUAAAGAGCUAAGGAGACCAGAACCGAAAAAGCCAGAAGUCAGGACCAUUACUGCCAAGGGUUUCUAUGAUCUUGAUGCCUUAAACGAAGCUGCUUGGACAAGUGCCCAGAGCCAGUUGGUUCCCUGUAAUAUUUGUGGGCGUACCUUCCUGCCAGACAGACUGAUUGUUCACCAACGAUCCUGUAAACCAAAAGUCGCCAAGUAA